AUGGAAGCUAGCUCCUCUUCAAGAAUUGAAGAGAUAGAUGGUGCCUCUAAGAACUACUGUGAUCCAUCAAAUACUCAGUACCCAUGUGCACCAAACAAGAAUUACUAUGGCAGAGGUCCUCUUCAACUGUCAUGGAACUACAACUAUGGGCCUGCUGGGCAAAGCAUUGGGUUCGAUGGACUAAACAAUCCGGAAAUUGUGGCAACAGAUUCAGUGGUGUCGUUCAAGACGGCCUUGUGGUUUUGGAUGAACAACGUUCACAAUGUCAUAAAUUCUGGAUUCGGUGCAACAAUCCGAGCCAUCAACAGUAUCGAGUGCAACGGUAAUAACUCGAAUGCAGUCAAUGCUCGUGUUAAGUACUACACUGACUAUUGCAACCAACUUGGGGUUGCGCCUGGUGAUAAUCUCCAAUGCUAGGACACUAAAAAAAUUUAGCCGACAUGGAAGCUAGCUCCUUUUCAGUACCUUGUGAUAAAUUCGAUAUACAUGGAAGAAAAUAAAUAUUACUAUUAUUGUUUU